UUCUGCAGUGUCAAUCUGAACCCAGACACAAUCCCCACUGGAUGCACUAGCCAACGUGGAUUCCAUUACGGUUCAGGAGUCUGACAUCAUCACCUGUCUUGAUCUCAACAGGAAAGUCAGAAACAAAGAGAAAGGAGUUUGCUGACGUCACCAGGAAACUAGAAUAAAUACAAAGGUGAGGACCAGCACGAAGGCAAAAAGAAGGAAGAACGGAAUGAAGCAGGUGUAUCAGCAGGACCUCCAUUCAAAUACAUUCAUUUAGUCACUUUGCAACUGAGUAUGGCCAGGGAUUUGCUGUAUUAUUUUCUGAUCCUGAUUUUCGGCAUUCCAAUGCACGAAUGUGUGGCGGUACUCCGAGAUGGCAGGUGUGUCAUCGAGGAACCCUGUUUUGAUCUGAGCGUGAUGGCUAAUUCAGCCAGGCUUGUCAGCAAGGAUGUGAUAGCUGCGGAUGGUGAGAAGAUCCUCUUGAGGCACAGCUCCUUUGACAAAAUUCGAAAAAAGAAAAAUCUUCAUGGCUGUGUCCUGCAGAAAAUCCUUGACCUAUUUCAAGAGGUUCUCGAUAAGACAAAUGGGACCUAUGUCCAUAAAAAUGAAGAAAUAAACCACCAUACUGAGCUUAUACACAUUAUGGAUCAACUCAGAAACUGUGUUUAUAAGAAAAAAGAUAGAUGUAAAAAGCUAUAUAAGAUGUCUGAAAUAACCACAACUUCCUCUCCAAUGAUUUUAGAGGAAAAAAUGAACCCAAAUCAGCUUGCUGUUUUACAGCUACAAAAACUGAAGUCUGCCAGUGAGAGGGUCAGUGAUGUGCAUAUCCAGGAGAAGGUCAUGGAUGAGCUGAAAACUCUCCAUCUCUACAUGCAGGGAAAAGGCUUCCGAAAAAAUACGAACGACUAAGGAGAAGCAUGAUGUUUUAUAAAUUCUGGCCAACAACGUGUUAUGUCACAUCUCUGUCUGAUCACUUUAAGAUGUGUCAGUUUAAGCAGGGACAGAAUACCAAGCUAUCUCUUGUAAAUGAGACAAAACUUAUUUUCCUGACUUUUUGUUUCUAAUAAGAUAUUUUAGUUGUUUGUGUUUUUAGUGCAAAUGUCUUUUUUGCUUUUUAAGUAAUGAGUAUUUAAACAGUUUAUGCAUAUUGCUUAUGUACUUUCGGUGAAAGAUUGAGUGUACUGCAGUAAACGCAGGUGAGAAAAUAAACAAGAUAUAGAUAAUUUUGUCAAUGAAAACACAAAAUACAUGUUUAUCUUUGUUUUGUUUUUUUAUUGCAUUCAUUUGUCAGCUCAGUAAAACAUUUUUAUAUCUGG